AUGCGUACUACGAGGAGGGUGAAAUGCAGCUAUGGGAAACCACCGGCUCGCGUACCCUUUAUCCCUUUGACUGACUUUGCUAGCCCUGUGACUAUGAAGAAAUACGGGGUGACUCCAGGCUCUGCAACUUUGGAUAUUGUCAACAAAGCUGACAGGGACAAGGAGAUCAUGGUGCUGGCGAAGAUCUACUGGGGAGAUCCUCGGGAGAAGCUUAUCGAGGCAAUUGAUACGAUUCCCCUCACUUGCUUGGUCAUGGGUAGCCGAGGCCUUGGCACAAUCAAGAGGGCUAUAAUGGGGAGUGUAAGCAAUUAUGUGGUAAGCAACGCCUCUUGUCCUGUUACAGUAGUGAAACAUUCCCCUCCAAAAUGA